UAAUUUUGCAUCGCAGUUUUGCGGCUAACUUCAUUGAUAUUACACAGCAAAACAGCAGACUGCUGCAGUGUUUGUUGUAUUUUGAUUUUCGUCCAGCGAAUUGAUUUCGCAAUCAAUGAAUUGAAUAGGCAGUGAUAACAAAAUGUGGUUGGCGUUUAGACGUCUUUUCGGUGUGAUAGGAUUUCUGUGUUUAUUUUCGUGCACGACCGGCUUACGGCAAUACGGUGAUCAUGAGAAGACUCUAUACGUGGCAAAGGAUCCCCAGGACUCUGAUAGACUGACCAUCAUCAACCGCCACCCCAGUAAUGAGCAGGGCUCCGAGUCCGUGAGGGCCAAGCGGGAUGCCGAGGCGGCUCCGGCUCUUCACAAAAACAUUAGUACAUGGACAACUCAUCUAAAUGACAGUCACCAGCAACUGAUGGUCCACUGGGUGGGCGAAGGGUCCAAGGUGAUCAUCUGCCUGGCUCGGGAUUCCAGUCCACGGAACAAGGGGUUCAUAUCCUCAUCCACCCUGUUCAUAUCCUAUAACUAUGGACGGAACUUCACCAACAAGACGGACCACUUUAAGUUGGAUGAUACACCGGACAGUGAUUAUGCUCAACUGGAUAAGUUCUUCAACCAUCCCAAGUACCCUGAAUUUUGUGUAUUCGUGGACUCCACAAACAAGAAGAUCUACUACACGGACGACAACGGCCACACCAUCCACCGGUCCGACCUGAGCUUCCACCCGAGCGAGCUGUCGUUUGACGAGGAGUUCCCCGACAGAUUCGUGGUGCUGGAUAAAGUCGACACUAAUAGGAAGCUGUACCUCACCGUGGACGGCGGGAAAACGUUCAAACUGAUCCAGAGUUUCGUGAAGACGUUCUUCUGGUCUUCUGGGCCGGGUUUCCCGAAGACGUUUUACCUGGAGCGCUGGAAGCCAGACCGCACUAGCACCGUGUUCAGUACUACCGACCCCGGCAACCCUGUGAUCAAGGUGCUGUUUGAAGAUGCCAAGGACUUCCAGAUCAAAGAGGACUUUAUGUUCGUCACCAAGCAGUCUAAGGAGAGGAACACAUUGGAGCUCUACAUCUCGCAUCAACGAGGCCCGUUCUACAAGGCGGAGUUCCAGACCGAACUGGACCUGAAGAAGUUCCACAUCGCAGACGUGACUGACAAACGUAUAUUUGUCUCUGUCAUGCACUCGGAGUCGUUGGCUGAUCUCUACGUGUCGGAGAUAAGCAAGAACUUCACUCAGUACAACUUUGUGCUGAGCCUGCCACAGAUUGUGUGCUAUUUCCCUGAUGGGAACUGGAAGAACAGCUGGCUUGAAGACGUAACAGAAGACCCAUUCACGGACCUGUACCGCGUGGAGGGUCUCCGCGGCAUCUACAUCGCGUCGCGAGUGGACUCCAAGGCGCUGCUGCCUAGCAUCGGGCCCGAGCAUCUGAUCUCGCUCAUCACAUACGACCACGGAGUCACGUGGGCGCCGAUCACGCCGCCGGCGGUCGAUGAGUAUGGUAAACCGUUCAACUGCCACAUCGAGAACUCGUGCAGCCUGCACCUGUGCCAGAAGUUCAGCCAGCUCUACCCUGUCACUAGCCCACCAGGAAAUGUAGUUACAAAUGAGUUAAGGUCAGCAAGUAUAAUGAGCUCGAAAAGCGCGCCUGGCGUAAUAAUGGCCACCGGUGUCAUGGGGAAAUCCCUCAAGGGUAUACCUGGAGUGUACCUCAGUAGGGACGCUGGGUUAACAUGGAAGAGGAUUCUCAAAGACUACUAUUUCUUCAAUUACGGGGACCAUGGUGGUGUGCUGGUGGCGGUGAAGUACUUCAAGAACACGGGAGAAACUAGGAAGAUCAUGUAUUCCACCAAUGAGGGCAUCGACUGGAAUUCUUAUCAGUUCAACGACGAUGACCUUCGCAUUUACGGUUUGAUGACCGAACCGGGAGAAAAUACAACCACGUUCACAAUGUUCGGCUCAGAACAUGAGCAGCACCAGUGGAUCAUCAUCACUGUAGACUUGCAAAACGCUUUCGAACGCAACUGUACCGACGAAGACUACAAAUUCUGGUCGCCUUCCCCUCCUAACUCCUCUAUCUCCUGUGUCCUUGGUAAGAGAGACACGUUCCAAAGAAGACUGGCCCAUACUAACUGUUACAACGGCCUGGACUAUGACAGACCAGUAAAGAAAGAGAUCUGCGAAUGUAGUAGGAGGGAUUACGAGUGCGAUUUCGGAUUCAAAUCUUCGGGCAACGAAUGCAUUAGGAAUAAGAGCAUAAAGUUUGACCCCUACGCUAUACCUCCAGAGUGUAGGCCCGGACAUUUCUAUAAGAGAACUAAAGGGUACAGAAAGAUUGACGGGGACGUUUGCACAGUCUCGACCUACAUCGCUUAUGCUCCCGAUAUGAUCCCCUGUCCACUGGAGGAACCAACAGAGUUUAUCAUGGUAGCUUUAAGGGACAAAAUCGCUCGCAUCGACAUAUCCGACAACACAACGAUAUACCCAGUUGUUGGACAAAAGAACAUCGUAGCCAUAGAGUUCGAUAUAAAAAACAACUGCAUUUACUGGGCCGAUAUAGACACGGACAAAAUAAGCCGUCAGUGCUUCAACGAUGCUACGGCUCAAGAAGUGGUGGUGGAUACUGAUUUGGCGAGUAUCGAGGGAAUGGCGUUAGACUGGAUAUCUAAUGUUUUGUUUUUCGUUGACGGAAUGAGGCGAAAGAUAGAGGCGGUAAGAACAGACUUGUCUAACGAAGGUAGGAUGCGGGCGACUAUUCUGGACUCGAAGGUGUUGUCGAAGCCGCGAGGUAUAGCGGUUCACCCGAAAGCUGGGUACCUAUUCUGGACAGACUGGGACAGGAGUAACCCAUCCGUGUCUAGAUCGAACUUGGACGGAACGAAUAUCAAGAAACUGUUCGGAAAGCCGAUAGUCCAGUGGCCCAACGGUGUGACGAUAGACCAGAUGGCUGAGAGGAUCUACUGGGUAGACGCUAUGGAGGACUACAUAGCGAGCGCGGAUUUGAACGGACAUUACUUCAAACGUAUCCUCUGGAACGACGACAAAGUAUCUCAUCCAUUCGCCGUGGCUGUGUUGAAAGACAAAAUGUAUUGGGACGACUGGAAAUCCAAAUCCAUCUUCAUAGCGGAUAAAGACACUGGAGCUAACAUAAUCACCAUAAACGAUUCGUUCUCAGGGCUUAUGGAACUAAAGGUCUACGCUCAUUUCGUCCAACACGGUAGCAACGCUUGCUCGUAUAAAAACACUAGUUGCGAUACGAUAUGCCUGGGCGGGCCGGCUAACAGCUUCAGUUGUCUGUGCCCGGACGGGUUCACGCGGACGAAUGGAAAGUGCAUGUGCCCUAAUGGCGAGGAGCCGUUAGCCAAUAUGACGUGCCCGAAGAAACCUGGCGCUACUUGUGGACCGCACGAAUUCACAUGCAAGAACGGCGUCUGCAUCGACUCCUCCCUCCGCUGCGACGGGGCCGACUCGUGCGGCGACGGGUCGGACGAGGCGCGCUGCGACCGCGACCGCGACCACGACCGCGACUGCGCCGACACCGACGAACUAGACUGCGGCCCCACCAACUGCACGGACACUCAGUUCCGCUGCGGCACGGGCGCCUGCAUCGAGAAGAAGUGGCUGUGCGACGGAGACAACGACUGCAAAGACGGAUCUGACGAACAGAACUGCACUAUCCCAACAAAACGCCCGGACACCGUAUCCUGUUCAGUCAACGGCUUCGCCUGUGGAAACGACACUAGCGCCAGCUGCAUCCCCAACUCGUGGGUGUGCGACGGAGAGAGCGACUGCCCCGGCGGCGAGGACGAAAGAGAUGAAAGAUGCAAGCAGUCCACUUGCGCCCCGUACAUGUUUAGGUGUUCCAAUGGGAAGUGCAUCUUUAAGACUUGGCUAUGCGACGGCGAGAACGACUGUCAAGACGAAGAGCAAUCUGAUGAGAAGAACUGCUCGUCCAUAGGCCAGAGCAAGCUGAUCCCGCGGCCCGAGACGCCGGUCGAGUUCCCCACUAAUGUCAGCUGCCCCGACUGGAUGUAUAAAUGCGAUAAUGGAAAAUGCCUCCCCUACUGGUGGCGCUGCGACCGCAUCAACGACUGCGGCGACAACUCGGACGAGCGCGGCUGCGGGCUCGUGUACGACACGGCGCCCGACAAGCCGGCCGACCCCGCGCGCCAGCCCCAGUGCGGCAAGAACCAGUUCACGUGCGAGCCCGGCGUCUGCAUCCCCCUAACCUGGGUGUGCGACAUGACAGAAGACUGCAACGGCGGCGAAGACGAGCGAGGCUGUUCCCGAGCCGACGGCAACCCGACCUACCAGUGCGGGCCUGACGAGACCCCUUGUGGCGACGGAAGAGGUUGCGUGGCGGACAAAAAUGUAUGCGAUGGAGUGCCGCAGUGUAUGGAUCAUAGUGACGAGGCGCAUUGCGAGGGUCACAAGUCCACGUCAGACUGCCAGUCAGACUCGUUCGUCUGUGACGACGGCACCCGCUGCGUGUCGCCCGUGCUGGUCUGCAACGGUCACCAGGACUGCUACGACGGGACUGAUGAGCUGAACUGUUCGUCUAGUGACACAAGCAGCAAGAGGAUUUAUCAGUUCCUAAGCCUCGGCGUGGACCAAUCGUCCAUCAACUCGACCUCAUUCCUCGCAUCGUGUUGGAUGGCCCAACAGAAGCAGGUCACCUAUAGCUUCCUGCCGUCCAUAGCCAGGGUCGACGACGGGCACUGGCGGAACAUCACUUGGACCAAUGACAGCGUCUAUAGAUUUACUGGACUGGAGCCGUACACGAACUACAAUGUAACGUUCUACAUCCGCGACAGCAAAUCCAACAAGACAUACCCGUCGCUCAAAUACGUCAACACCACCACUGGGGAAGGCGUCCCUCUCCCCCCAACCCGCCUAACAGUCCACCAACUUACCGGGCGCCGCGUCAACGUGCUCUGGGACCCUGCCCCAGCCCGCGGCGUGGUCCGCUACUACACGCUGCACUCGGCGCCGCCGCUGCCGCCCGUCGAGACCGUCACCACCGAGACCAACAUCACUGUGGCCGGCUACUUUGUGCCCGGGACUAACUACUCUUUCUGGGUGACAGCAACAAACGGCGCGUUCACCUCCGAAUCAUCCGCCAUAGCUACAAUAACCUUCGACGAGCUCGGAGACGUGGACGACAUAGCCAACGUGAGCAUGGCGCGCCUCACCGACUCCAGCGUGUACCUCGAGUGGCACAAGAUACGCGGCAUCGAAGGGUUUAAAGUGCAGCUGAGGUUACCGAUGCAGUAUGCCAAGCCGCCGCCCGUGAUGACCAAGGAGCAUAAUAUUACAUUGACGGAUCUCCCGCCAGGCAUCAACAUAUUAAUCGACAUAAUGGCGUACAAGGGCGACAUCAUCGGAACACCUUUCACCAUCAAACUGAAAACUGCAGGCGUGGAGCACGAGACUUUGAACUUUACUGCCAUAUUAUUAAAGGAGAAGAGAACUUCGGUGCAGUUGAGCUGGUCGCCGCCGAAGGGGAAACGCUACAGCAAUAAGGACCUUGUGUACACUGUGUUCUACACCGACAUGAUGCAUAGAAUGGUGCCGGGAGAGAUACGGAAUGACACGCGCAUCACUACCCGCAACACCAGCGUCACAAUAGACGGCCUCCACGCGUGCGAGAGCUACAUCUUCACCGUGAGCCUCGAGCACGGGCCGGCCGCGCGGCUGUACGAGAUCAUAACGAGGGAUAAUGCCAAAGCUCCGAUCAAGAACCUGCACUUCAAGAACGACGAAAAGAAACGCACGCUUGCGAUCAUGUGGAACGCGAACUGCGACGUACUGAAGGAAGAUAUCACGUACAGACUAGUGAUAACAGAGCUGACUCGCAACAAGGUGACCCGCACGGAGUUGCUGCCGACGCGCAAUGUGUCUCUUUCGCACGUAUUCGAGAACGUGCCUGUUGGAGGGAGAUACAACAUCUGUGUUUACUCCAACGUCCCAGAUGCAGCCCAAACAUGUGCCCUCACUCGAGGCCCGGUGAUCCCUCCGCCAGACAACGUGGUGGCGUGGCUGUCACCCAACGGACACGUGAUGCUGAGCUGGAGGCACCCGCACGACACGCCCACCAUCGCGCCAGACCACAAAUACGAAGUGCUGAUAUCCAGCAAGGAGAUCCCCGCUGACACGCUGCACCCGUCAGAGCCUGACAUCAUGGUGCUGACGGCGCUAUUCUCGCCCUUAUUGACGCACGCGCCGCCGGCCUCCCAGCUGUAUGUUGCUGUCAGGUGUAUCACUGCUGACGGAUAUGUCAGCGAUCUCAGCCAAGUGCACACGCUUACUAUGGAAGGCAUAGAACCAGACGCAGAGCCCACCACCAUGGGCGCGGUCUGGUGGGGAGCAACCAGCGCUUGCAUCGCGGCGAUACUGUUGGGCGCGGCGCUCGUCCACCUCGCGAUGAGACACCGCCGCCUCGCGCGGUCCUUCCUGCGCUUCACUAGCGCCACGCCGAGAUAUGACAGCCGGAGGGGUCAGGCUACGCUGGGCGAUCAUGAUGACGACGACGUCCCGGCCAUCCACGGAUUCUCAGACGACGAGCCUCUUGUCAUUGCAUGAACGAACGCAUGAAUUCGUCACACCGAGCAAAAUUCACUAUAGCUGUUAGUACGCAAAACUAACUGUACGUAUACCCUGCGACCAGGAUAUUUUGGCCCUUGGACAGGUAGCGCCACUGUUUAUGUAAAAAGUCACCAAUGGACAAAUAGUUCGCCUUUUGGCCACAUGUCAAAAUAUCCUUGUUGCACCAUAAGUGGGAAACAAAUCUUCAAGUAUUGUGCAGGAUGAUAUUUAGGGUAUUUGUGUAAGCGUAAGGACUGUUUGGCUAAACACAUCUGUAUCUAGUAAAUGUAAUGUAACGUGACAAUAUGUUGUAAUACUCUAUUUUUUGUAUGUUCCAGUAAAGUGCCGAGGUCCGUUUGCCAUUUUGUUUAUUGUUCUACGAUAAUCUUUGCGUAAUGCUUGAUAUUUUGUUGAUUCGGGCGAGUCUCAUCUUUAUGUUAUCUGCUUCAUGUACCUACCUAUAUAGGUAUAUUUUUCCUAACAUAUAAAUGGAUUUAGAUAGGUAAUAUCAGUGAUUUUGUAGCAUUUCAAUUACUGCAUCAUAAUCUUGUCAUGAAAAGUAUUUGUUAUAUUUAAAUAUCUGAAGUGAUUUUAGUUUAUGUUAGACUAUCGAAUCUGGGUUGUGAUAGUUUUGUUUUUAAUAAGGGCAGCGUGAGCCAUAGACAUUCAUUUUUUUUUACUAAUCUUAUAAAAGAAAAUUUCUGUUUCGUUUUGUUUUAUUCCCAAUUUGAUUUGUUUAAUUAGUUUCCUUUGAAAUUUUAACAAGUUUACUAAUAAUUACUAACCUUUAUUUAUGUAACGAAUUUUAUAAAAUACCCAGAGUAUUAUUAACGUUAUAUUUAGUAGUCAAUGAAGGGUAAAGUGUAAGGUAUUUUAUUAUGGCAACCCUGCGAAUGAGUUUCCUAUAAAACAUGGUAUAGUUUUUUAAAUGUCAUUCCAAAUGUAUGUUUUAAGGAAAUUCCUGCGUGAUGGUAGCAUAAGGGCUGUAAAUAAAAGACUUUGAGAGUAUAGAUAUAUAUUUAAAAUCCCUAGAACCAUUGGAUAUUUAACAAAAACUUUUUCUAUCUGUUUAUUUGCCAAUGGGGAAGGCAGAAGACAUUCAUAUAUUUCUUAAGGUCAAUGCCGAGAGAAUAUAUUUAUGUUUCAAAAUAUAUAUCUAUAAAUAUAUGGUAACUAUUUUUAUUAUUUUAUAUAACGUUGCUCAUUUAGUUAUCUUUUAUGUAGUCGCAACUAUCUCAUAAAAAGUGAUAUGUAUUAAGUUCGACGCCAAAGAUGUCUUAUAAGCAGCGAAAGUACAAUUUAAAUUAAUUGUAAUUUAUGAUUUAUGUUGUUAAAAUCAUACUGAAACAUGUUUCACUAAAUUUUUGGCAUUUCAAAUUAUAUUUACAUCAUUCAAUUAUAACUAUGUAAUAUUGCAAUAAGUUUGUCACAACAGUUUAUUGUUAAUAGUUUAAAUUCCAAUACGAUUAUUAUACUUUGUACUGUGACUAAUAGAGACACAGAGCUAAGUAUUCAGUUGAUAUGCUUAUAAAAUACGAUAAAAAAUGUUUUAAAUUAAAGUACACUUCAUAUGAGAAAUAAAAUAAAGUUUCUUAAAUCGUAA